CUUACUUUACCUUUUUUUAUGAACCAACUUUUACCAUCGGUUGUCUUGUUUUCAAAGUUGUUUUGGGUUCAUUUGCAAGUCAGUAAGCUAGCGGUACGCUGAUCUAAAAGGAACUUUAACAUUGCCUUGUAAUUUGGUCGAUGAAAUGCUUUAUUCUAUGAUAAAGAUUUUUAUUGAUCCCGGAAGCGACUAGCCGAGUCACAAGAAUACAGUCUGACAUUUUCAAAACAUGCCUCUUCAACGUUUCACCCGUUUUGUUGAUACCCAAUAUGGGCUUGUUUAACUGGCUUUCCGGGAAUGCCGACGACAUUCCCACCAAGACACAAUGCUAUCAUAUUGAGGGGUUCCUUUCUUGUGUCCACUUCCAAACAGCCGUUGAAGCUGCCGAUCGUUUAACGGCAAAACAUGCUAAUGUCAAAGUCGACGUCAAUGCCUAUGUCAAAGAGCAAUGGAAAGAGCGAUCCAGGGAAUUACAAGAGGAAUUCAAAUCGCAACAUUCCACUUCUCCAUUCAUCUACGAGGGUUGUAAUAUAAAUGAACAAGCUUUUGUAGGCGGAUAUAGCGAUUUUGCGAAACGCUUAAAAGAAGUAUACAAGAUGAACGUCCCUAUGGAUUAAGGGAAUAGAUGUGAAUAGAAAACUGUAUAAAAUUUGGCAUAUAUCGAUUAGCUGUUGACUUUUGUUCCAUUUCAAGGUAUUCGAGUUAACAAUGAUCAUAAAGGAUGGGUUAGAGAACUUA